GAGCACCAACACCAGCAGCAACAGCAGCAGCAGCAGCAGCAACAGCAGCAGCAGGAGCACCAACACCAGCAGCAACAGCAGCAACAGCAGCAGCAGCAGCAACAGCAGCAAUGGCAGCAGCAGCAGCAGCAGCAACAGCAGCAGCAGGAGCACCAACACCAGCAGCAACAGCAGCAGCAGCAGCAGCAGCAACAGCAGCAGCAGUACCAACAGCAACAGCAGCUACAGCUGCUAGCAGCAGCAGGAAUAACAAUAGGGACAGCAGCAGUAGCAGCAACAGCAGCAUCAGCAAUAGCAGCAGCAACAGCUACAGCAGUACCAGCAGCAAUAACAGCAGCAGCAGCAACUACAGCAUCACCAGCAGCAGCAACAGCAGCAAUGGCAGCAGCAGCAGCAGCAACAGCAGCAGUACCAGCAACAGCAGCAUCAACACCAGCAACAGGAAGACAGCAGCAACCACAGCAUCACCAGCAGCAGCAACAGCAGCAACACCAGCAGCAGCAGUACCAGCAACAGCAGCAGCAACAGCAACAGCACCAGCAGGAACACCAGCAUCAACAGCUGCAACAGCAACAGCAACAGCACCAG